AUGUUAUCAGAAUAUGAAAACUUAAAAAUAGGUUCUGGUAGAAAAUUAAUUAAUGGUUUCAGUAAAAAUAUAUUUUUUAUAAAUGUAUAUGGUCCAAGGUUUGAAUUGUAUUUUAAUUAUACAAGUAAUAUCUAUUAUAAACCUGAACCAUUAGACAAAAUUAUUGUAAAUGAUAUUUUUGGAGGAAAUAUACCAAAAUCAUUAAAGGAUUUUAAUGAUGGUAUAAAUUACAGCAAUAUUAAAGGAGCACAUGUUGAAAAAAUGAAAGAAAUCUUGCUAUCUAUGAUCGCUCUCAAUCAAUUAUUCAUGUAA